CUUCCGGAAUAUCUUCAAACCAUGGAGUAUUUUAAAAUAGUGUUUCUCUUAAAAAGUUCAUCGAAAAAUGAAACAGAAGUGAAGGAAGUUUUUGAAUUUUGUUGGAAUAAUUCAAUGAUUAAUGUUAUAGCAGUUUUUCAAGAUUUCUCCAGCUCAUCAACUUAUUACAGUUUCAGCAAUUUCAGAGAAUUUCAAAUGGAAGAAAUCAUCUGGAAACAGAAUACCGAAAAAAAUAUUGAAUUCUUUCCAAAUCGCAUGCAAAACUUAAAUGGAACAAUUUUGCCAAUUGUAUUUCAAUACCGGGAAAAAGCAGUGUAUGUUUUGAAAACUGUUCGAAAUGAACCAAUUUUAAGUGGACAAAUUGGUAAUUUUUUUAGAACCUUUGCGGAAAAGCACAACGCUAGAUUAAAUACAUCCAGUUUAACAUUUCCACUUUUGCCCAAAGACAUUUAUUAUUUGGUUUCAAAUAAAACCGUAGAAACAAGUUCUUUUGCCACUUGGCUUCGAGUGCCAGCAGAAACAUUUACGUAUCCAUUUUUUUUACUUGGUGUGGGUGUAAUGCUUCCAGUCGAACCGAAAAUUCCCAUUUUUAAAAUCUUCACACGGGUAUUCCAUUUGAAUGUUUUUCUUAUGAUAUUGGCAAUUGUUGUUGGUUUUUCCGCAGUAUUGGAGACUGCUGAAUUUCUUUGGGGAAAAAAAUUCGGUGUUCUUAAGUUCUUCAUUGAUCUAAAUUGUGUGGGUGGGAUACUGGGACAGUCAUUGGUUGAAAGACCCACAGACAAAUAUAGCAUCAAAAUCAUCUAUUUACUGAUAUUUUUGCUUGGUAUCAUGCUAUCCACUUUGUACGAAGCAUUUCUUCAGACACUUUUAACCGAACCACUCACCGAAAAAUAUAUAACAUCCCUUGAAGAUGUCAUAUCAUCGAAUCUUAAAAUCAAAGGUUUCUCACUGUUUUUCGAUUUCAUAUACAAAUUUAAUCCAGAAAUUAAGGCAAACUAUUCCGAAGCUUUUCUUAUCAUAAACUCAAGUGUUUCUGAAGCAAAUGACAUUGAUCAAAAUGAUUUGAAUACAAAAUAUGCUUACAUUGUGACAGAUAAUUCAUGGAAGUUUUUUGAAAAUUUGCAAAACUUUCUUGGAAAAAAAUUAUUUCGUUGGUCAAAAGAAUUGUUUUUCGUUAGUAAUAAACCAUUUGCUUUUCCUGUUUACAAAAAUUCAAUAUACAGAGAAAUUUUAAAGUCGCACACUUUGGAUAUACAAGCAUCUGGACUGUGGGAAUUUUGGAGAAAAAGGACAUUGUUUGAACUUAUUCAGAUGGGAAAUGUGCAAUUGAGAGAUUUUAAAUCAAAUGAUAGCUUUCGUUCGAUGAAAGUUGAAGAUUUCCAGUGGAUUUGGAUAGCUAUAAGUGUUGCUUUGGUUAUUAGCAGUUGCUGUUUUUUGGCUGAAAUUUAUGUUUUUAAGUGGAAAAAGCAAAUAGAAAGAAAGUUAAACUCCUCGAAGUCGUAGUUCAAUGUCAAGGAUAUGAAAAUAAAUACAUUUUAAUUUCUACUAUUUAUCCAACAUGAUGACGGCUCAUAAAUUUGAUGAAUGAUGUUUUGAAAUUGUUCAUAUUAAUGUUAAAUUUUUGCAUUUUUUAACAUUUUACAAGUCAAGUCAUUUAAUACUAAAGGGUGAGCAAUGACCAUACUGCUGAGCUCUGAGACCUUAUUCAAAAUGACAGUUAAUUUGGCAGUAAAUGGUCAGUCUUGAGACUGAUACCAAGAGUUAAGUCAACAUUUGAUGCACUAGCAUGACCUUAAAACAGCUUGAAUUGGACAAGGAUUUUGGAGCUCAGAUAAACCACAUGUUACUUUCUUGAAGCCAAUGCAUCAAAAGAAAGAGUUAGUUUGAUGCGGAUUGUGAAGUAUUGAACCAUUUUGCUUCGAAAAUGAGACUUUAAACAUUGUUUUAGUCAACGGUUGGUUUUACCAGAGCCAAGUCAACCUAAUUUUUUGUAACUGAAGUUGACGGACUAAAUUUAGACGACUUCUGCUUCGUAGAUCUAUUGCGGUAUUGCAAAACCAUUUGAGGCCACUAGACCGACUGACGUGAAGUUUUGUUUUGUACUUGAAGUGAAUGAUUUAUAUUAUUAAUUAAACUAUAAUACAUGAAAUAAAAAUUAUGCCUUAAAAA